AUGGGUUCUCCGACUACUGAAGACCACUGGCAUGACAAAUUUGAUCAUGAGAUAUCGCAUGAAGGAGGCGAAUACAGCGAUGCGGCUGCUUGUGUAUUGCAAUUUGCAGCCCAGUCAAAAUACACUAGUCACAAAGGCCCACAAGCACGACACGAGCGCCUGAGGAUGAUGUAUGCUCAUUGGGACUUGCAAAUUUCCCAGCUCGCUCGUGCCUAUCUGCAAUGGAAACACAACGACAAGUAUCACAACGUGGAUUUAUCGAUGGAGGAGGGUCAUAUAUUCCAUGUGACUACAGUAGGAACACUCGAGCGCGAGGCUGGUGUUUCGAUACACCAACAUCCUGAGGAGCCUGCCAACAUGGCACUUUUAAGACUUGGACUCCUGGGCUGCUCUCCGGUUGAACCAUCUGUUGCUAUUGAGGUCCACACGCUCGAGCUUUACCACAGAUUACGGCGUCGUCAUGCGCAGCUUAGUAUACAAGCAUUCACACGAGCUUUAUGCGAUAUUCACAAAGUCAACUGCCGCACAUGUUUUCGAGAACAAUUCUCCAUAGCAUUUGACGCAUAUCUUUCUAUUCUCCAGCACAUUCGGUCACAAGUUGACGAUGCGCUCGGGCGUAGUGACAUGGACUGGUGGCUCAAGCACAUGUGUCCAUGCUGCACCUAUGAGAUCAAUGGCGAAGAGAUGCUCAAGCCGAAGAUCCUGGUUGCCUGUGAUGGCAACAAUUCCUGCAAGCGAAUUGCUGGCGCAGCUCUAUCAGAUCACCGCAACUUCGACAGUUCGUAUUUCAUUUCUCAUCAAGAAGUCAACCAGUUCAAGAAUGAAGUUCAACACCGUCAACAUAUCAACCGUGACAAGGAGCCCGAUGACAAGAUGCUGGCAUCCUGCCUGGCAUGGAAGAGUAGUGCUCCCGAUCACAAGAAGACCGCCGCUGAUAUAUAUGAAACAACUGGGAUUUUUGCGUCUGCCUGCCGUCAUGGCUUCAUCAUCAAACUUGCAAAAUAUCCGCUUGCCAUCACGAACGCUAUGAUUAAUGCCUAUGGCAAAGACAUUGGCAUGGGCUAUGAUGUAGGAUGUACCUUUAGUGGAAUUGUGCGCAACAGUCCUCUCCUCAGCCAGAAAGCCGAAGAAGCUCGGAUGCAGUUUUGUGUCAAUUCAUUUCACGGCUACGCUCACAAUCAAUUAUGUCAAGUGCAACAUCAUCCUCUUUAUCUACCUGGUUUCGGCUUGGAGGAUCUCGAAACCAUGGAGCGCGUGUUCUUGUCAUCGAAUUCUGUCUCACGUGUUAUACGCUAUGCAUCCAGGUACCAUUGGGCACAAUUCAUCGAUCUUCACUUUCAACAAUGGGACGAAGACAAAUACGGUGAACUCAGCAAGUUUCUACUGAACAACUACAUGCAAGCUAUUGGAAUUAUCAAGAAAUACAGGAACGAGGUAUCCAGUCUCGCAUCAAGCCUUAACAUCCGCAAAGAUGAUUUUAAACGUUGGAUUGAAGAAGAGAAGCAUUUUCUGAUGGACCUCAAAGAUGAACUGGUAGAACACGUACUUGCAUGUUCAUACGUUCAGGCACUGAUGGAUCUUCAAUCUGCCGAUCAAAAAUGGCAAAAGAUCUCAGAUUCAUUCAGGACUACGUCACAUGCACAUGCCAUCAAUUACAAACAGAACGUGCGACAAACAUCACAAUUGGAGGCUCAAUGCCGAGCAGCACUGGAUGGUUUGAUGAUACAUAUUCGUGCAGUCGUGGAUCUGGAAGAACGACUUGGCAUCAAAGAGAGAUGGACUCCCCAGCAUCCUGAAUAUCUGUCAGCGCUCAAGCGAAUUAAAUCUCAUGAUUUCAGACGCGCACUUGACAAGUUGCAACAGCUUGUUGUACAGCGUCUACUUGAGCUUGCAAAAGCUAAUUUGUCGGGCACAGGUUAUAAACUUCGUGUUCAUAUCAGCAAGGCCAUCAAGGCACGAAGCAAGGCCAUCCGCAAUGCCCUUGACGAAUACAAUAAGCUAGCACCCUCCAUGCAACCUCCUGCACCUCAACUCGCCUGGAACGAUAUCGUGAACUAUGGAUUUCUGUCCAAGUUUGAGUUGCUCAAACACUCGCAUUCUCAACAGGACGUCUUACAUAAGCCCUGGACAGUUCCAGGCAAUCGUGAGAUUGCGAUGAUGUAUUUUAAGAUGAAGCGCUCGCAUGAGGAGUUGACCCGUCUCAAUGUAGAGAUUCAUCGAUUGCGUACCUUCAUCUGUGAUGAAGAUAUAUUUCUUCAAGAUCAAGUCGCUUUUUUACAUGACGCAGACCCUCUUCUGGCACAUGAAGUAGAAGCACUGAGGGUGCGCCGAGCUCGUGUCGAUGCUAUCCACAUUAUCUGUCUUGACACUAUUGAGGCACUGCCUGAGUUUAGUGGAGUGCGUGGUACUGGUACCAUGACAUCUGAUGCUGGGCUGGACGAGGAUGACGGAUCACCAGAAGACAUAGCGACUGAUGAUGCCUUCAAUGACGAUAUGAAUGCACCCGCAUCUGCAAAUCCAGAAACCCUUCCAUUGUCUGGCAGGGACUUUCAAACUGUAAGAGUCAGGGCAUUCGAGUCAGAACGACUGAUCAAUCUAUACCUUUGGUUAAGUUCGAAGUGA